CGCCUACGACGCGGUUAUAAUACUUUUCUGGAAAAGAAAAAAAUAGUUAAAGCGGUUGUGAGUCGCGAAAAGAAACGGUGAGGACGCUCGUUAUUCGGAAUGGACCUUCUUCCCCCCUAAACCCUAAUUCCAAACCAAAUUUCUCGAAGAACCACCGCUUGAAAUCCUCGUCGAAGCUCCCAUAGUCUAUGGCUUCGACUCGUCUUGCUUGAGGGGCUCUCGAAAGGAUCAAAAAGCGUUUUUUGCCCUUUUUCUGAACCACAAAUGGUUUGGGAUUUUUUGAUCAAUUGAACAGCAAGGAGAAGGAAAGAUAGAGAUUCAUUGUCGUGCGGAUUACUUGCAAGAUGCGGCUUGGGCUGAUUUCGUGGAUGAAUAGGAGAGUGGUCGAUCCUCUCUUACAAAUUGUCAGAAAGGGUGCUGAACCAAAGCAAUUGGCAUUUUCUGCUGCUCUUGGAACUACAUUGGGAUUGUUCCCAAUAUGUGGGGUCACUGUGUUUCUUUGUGGAUUGGCUAUUGCAGUACUUAGAAGUCGUUGUCAUGCUCCAACAGUAAUGCUAGCUAACUUUAUAGCUACUCCGAUUGAGUUGAGCCUGGUAAUACCGUUUUUGCGCUUGGGAGAAUUUAUUUCUCAUGGCCCCCACUUUGCUUUAACAUCUGACGCAUUGAAAAGGGUGUUGACUGGCCAAGCCUCAAGAGAAGUAUUAGUUUCUGUAUAUCAUGCGCUGUUAGGCUGGAUUGUUGCGGCUCCUUUCAUCCUUGGUGCCCUUGAUGUGGUCUUCAUACCAUGUUUCAGUUAUUUGGUCCGAAGGUUCAGUCCUGUACCAUCAAGUCCACCGACUCUCCUACAUUCCCUCUCUGAGGUCAAGAUCAAGGUAAGGGAUGUCUAGUUUCUCCAGUGUGGAGUGACUCCCUCUGUAUAUUAACCCUUUAAGAGGACACCUGGACAUGCUUCUUGAUAUUCCAACAAGAAAGUGGUUCUUA